UAGUAAAAUAAUGUGAACCAGAAUCCUGAAACUAUUCGAACACACACUCCUAGCUCUACCGGCUAAACCGACGACGUAUCAUACUAAUUGUGAACAAAAGUGUCAGUUGAAGUGAUUGCAAUAGGAAGAAAUAUAGUAACACAAAAGCAAAUGGGUAGAUAUCUCUAAUAUCGGAAGCUCCAAUACACACUGCUUCUGUUCUACUAGUGCGACAUACGAAAAAGCUCCGUCCAUUGAUUCAUGUAACACCAUAAAUAACGCGAGAUCAUCGGAGGUGAACUGAAGAAAAUAAUUUAUUUAACGAUAGCAUCACAUCAAUACCAAUGGAAGCAAUACCGCUAGCUUUACUCCUGUUUGGACUAAUAACAGUCGUGUUGACGGCACCGCCUGGACAAAAACCGGUUAUAACAACAGUCCAAAAUACAACCAUCGUCGUCGCAAGAGAUGCUAUCAGUUUGAUUCCAGCAACUCCAAUAGCCCGGCUCACGCGUGUGCAGGAAGAAUGUCAGCUCAAGCAAAAGAAUUUGGGAAAGGAUUGCCUUGCGUUUAACCAACUGCUGAUUGAAAUGGCACAGCACAGCGUCCGAAGCAACGAUACCGAGUUUAUAUUUAUUCAAGAGCUAUCGAGAACAGUUACAGCAGAUGAAGACACUUGUACUAAUUUAACCGAUGUCGUGAAAAACUUACCACCGCAGUUAAAGCGCGAUGAACUAAAGCCAUUCGCGCAGGCCAAGCAUUGCGUUAACUCGUGCUACGAUAAACAGGGCAAGGAGGAUAUAAAGGAUAGUUGUCGACUGUUGUAUGCUGGUUUUAAAGCGCUAGUGCAAUAUUUGGACAAACCGUCGAGUCAGGCUAGUGAGUCACAUCAGCAGCAAUCAGGUGCAUUAGCAAGCAAUCAGGAACCGAGCUUGGCUAAAGAUAAGCCAUAUAACGGCACUUUGGGCGGUGGCACGGAGCUAGCAGGCCCUAAGAUUGCUCCGAAUGUCGGCAAUAAAACCGUGGGUGGCGCUAAAAUUCCCGCUCCUAUUCCUGAUGCUCCAAUUGAAAAGGAUGGAGGGAAAAUCGUCAAGGAAACUAACAAACAGUUGGACAACAUCGAGUCACCUCCAGAGCCUGCUGUUCCUGCACCGCAACCGAAGCAGGAGAUUUUGGAAAAAGAAGGAAACGAUGACGAUACACAGCUAGAAGACGACGGUGAUGAGCCCAAUGGCUUUGACGAAGAAAAGAAGGAUCCAGAUAAUCCAACCCAGGAAGGGAAAGAUCAACCGCUUCAAGACGAACUUGAGGAUGCUGACACUAACAAGGAUAAUGCGAAUCAGUUAGAUCAAUAUUCGAAACCAGAUGGAAACAAGGUUGUAGACGAUGUCGCUCAGCAAAAAGGACACUUGAAGGAAGACGAACUGCAAGAUCACGUGGAAAUGUCAAGGACGAGCGAAAUCAUGCAAGGAUCGGAUCCGUUCUACAACCAAAACGAUUCGAACUUUUUCUCCUACUUCCUGUUUGCCAUGUUUAGCUGCGUAGUUCUUUACGUGGCUUACCACAACAAAUCGAAACUGAUGGCGCUGGUUGUUGAGGGACGUCGGACGAGCAACGGACGGGGCGGGUUCAGCAAGGGUCGCAAGCAUACGGCCGCCUAUCGAAAACUAGACUCGAACCUCGAGGAAGCCAUCACAUCGGGCAGCGGAUCCGGCGGUCAUUCAUCUUCGCAGAUCAUCUACUAAACGCGCACGGGAGCACAUAAUCCCGAUACUCCCUUGUGGCCCACCGGUUGGGCGAGGGCUUUUGUAAAUAACUUCCAUUCGUCGUUCCUUACCGUUUCUUUAGGCGCUUUCCUAUCUUUUAUCUGGAACCUUGCAAGCCUGCGUACUACUGCACCUGUAACACGAUUAGGUUGACGUGUGAUAGAGACCUCUCCUUCUCCUUCUCCUCCUCCUUUCCUUCGUUAUUGCUAAUUACGGUUGAGUGCGAUAAGUUUUUUUCUUUCUAUGGUCUUUGAGGUUGUAGAACACGGUUGAAACAUGUAAAAUGUAUAGUUACUUUUCCACUACGAUCCAAAAGGGAACAUUUCAAUAAAACCGAACAAAUUCACCGCUU